AUGGUUAUAGCUGAUGAAGAAGGUUUAUCAUUUGUGUCAGAUAGAGCUACAUCGAUUGCUAAAUCAAUUGGAAACAUCUAUCCAUUGGCUAAACAUGGUAUUUGCAUCCACCACUUGAUUAGUAAUGUGAUAACAUAUCAUAAGGGCAGAGGUGUCGCUGAGAAAGCCGAUGUGACAAAAUGGGCUUGCUGUCAUUUUUCGGGUUAUAGGUAUGAUAUUAACACCAACAAUGCAGCUGAAUCAAUUAAUGCUGCUUUGAGGACACCCAGAGAGUAUCCAAUAAUUCCUUUGUUAGACAGCAUCAGAGAAAUGAUGACACGCUGGUUUUAUGAGAGUAGAGAGUUAAGUGCAAAGCAUAAAGAUCCUUUAACUGUUGAGGUGGAGAAAAAGAUUUCAAGAAGAAUAGAGAAAGGUAAAUUCAUGAACGGUUAUUUGAUGAGCAGAUCGCAGAUCCAGGUUAAAGGUAAUGGAGUAGACUACAUUGUUGACUUAGAAAGAAGGACUUGUUCAUGUGGAAAGUUCAGCAUCCAAAAACUCCCUUGUAGACAUGCUAUAAAAGGAGCUUUUGAUAUAGGCAAGGAUCUAUAUCCUUAUGCUGAUGAUGUGUAUACCACUACUGCAUGGAGAUCGCAAUAUGAGGAAACUGUUAAUCCAAUAGGUGUUCCUGAAGAAGAAUGGCGAGUCCCACAGUAUGUUGAAGAUGCAAAAGGUCAAAGAGACAUAAGUGUGCGCGGUGUGGCAAAGAAGGGCAUAACAGAACGACCUGUGAUAUCGUGA